GUCUGUAUUAGUCAGUCAGUGCACUGAGUUUUAGUAACAGCAUUUGCUUACUCUUACUCCAUGUAAUGUAACCACAUAUAAAGUGCGGGAAAAAAUCAGCCAAUGAAAAAUCCUUUACUUUGACGAAUGAAGUUCAGCUAAAGCUACUUUAGGUUUCGGUACCCAGAUGAGAAAUAGUUGAAAUAAUAACAUGAAAAUAAAUGUCACUUUUGCAGUGCACAUAUAGUUGAAACAGCUGUCAUAUGAAAAACUUCAACUAAUGUAUACUAAUUAGAAUGGUUUGUCGGAGGCAUCGUAGUUUAAUGUUGAGUUUUCAACAAAUGUCCUAUUUCACAAGUACCUAUUUGAUACUGUAAGCAUUUUAUGCUGCAUUUAUUCCCGAAUUAUUUUCAUCUUAAAUCCUGCACUGUAUAUUCGCACUAUGAUAAAUUUUAUGUUAUUGUUUAGUCGUCAAGGUAAAGUGCGACUUCAAAAAUGGUAUAGCUCUUAUACGGAGAAAGAAAAGAAAAAGUAUUUACGCGAAAUUAUUUCUCUAGUCUUUGCGAGGAAACCAAAAAUGUGCUCGUUUCUAGAAUGGCAAGACCUUAAGAUUGUGUACAGAAGAUAUGCUAGUCUCUAUUUUGUGUGCGCUAUUGAUCAGACAGAUAAUGAAUUGAUUACAUUGGAGAUUAUUCAUCGUUACGUGGAGAUUCUGGAUAAAUAUUUUGGAAAUGUCUGUGAAUUGGACAUAAUCUUCCAUUUUGAAAAAGCUUACUUUGUUUUGGAUGAAUAUUUACUAGCUGGUGAAGUACAAGAGACAGGGGCAAAAGAAAUUCUUUCUGUGAUAGAUGCACAAGAUAUAAUUCAAGAGGAUGAAGUCCCACAAAAACUUUUCGAAGACCAAAGUCUCAAUUGACAGUAGUACUUUAUUUGGGUCGCCAGAUUAUUUAAGUCUUACGUUUACCUCCCUCCAUGGCAUUGUCAGAUGUUCUUGAAAAUAAACUUUACUUUUCUACUGCCUUGA